UUCCUGUGAAAGCUGUGCAUCGACUGUUCUACAUUUAAGAGAGUUUUUCGGACUGUAUUUCAUAUAAGAAGACAUCUUUUGGGACAACGUACGUGAUGUUAACAAGGAAGGAUAAAGUCUCCGAGAGGGUUCAGCCUACCUUUGCACUGUACCAGAAGAGUCUCGUUGCUGUCUGGAGGAUGACCACAUAGGAAGCAGACAUUCAGUGUGGGCUAGAAAACUUGGAGGAGCUUUUAUUCAAGAUGAAUAUCUUACAAGGAAAGAAAACAUACAAGGCAAAGAAGAACAGUAGGUGAAUUCACUGCAGAUGGAAAACGGGGACAACUGCUGUCUGAAGAACAAACAAAAAAGAUGGAUGCCAACAAAGUAUGGCAGUGGCGCAUUAUGUGGUGUCGACAACAUUCGAGACAUCCAGAACCUUUCCAUUGCAGCAAUAGGAUUGGAUUGGAUUUUAAUGUAGCAUCCACAACCAUCAAAAAACUGGAUAUAGGUUUAGUGACAAAUGGGGUCAUACUUGAGGUCUGUGACUUUGCUAAAACAGUAAACAAGAGUAAAAGGCAUUUUUUCACAAACAUUUUAGAGAACAAUUUCGAUCUUGAUUUGGAAAAUGAUCAACAGCGGAUUGAUUUUACAUCUCGAAUUAUGCACAAAGUUAAAAACUUGAUUAGGAAACCUCCUAAAGAUAAACAUGAAGUUUUCACUCUCUUUGACACACCAUGUAAUCCAGAAUGCUCGAGCAGCAAUGAACCGAACAUGGCAUCCACAAAGCACAAGACUGAAAGUAUCCUGGUGGAGACGGAUAACACUGAUGAUUGGGAACAUGAAGAGGAAUUACAGUGUUCACAAGCAACAUCCAAAGAUUGCAUUAAGGCAGAAAGUCUCUUGGAAGAGAUGGAUAGGGCACAAAGUGAUGACAGUGACUAUGAAGAUGAAUUCAAGUUUUCAGAAGCACAGUCAGCAGAGAAACAAAAAGAUGAUGAUUUUUCCAAGUUGUUUCCCUUUUGUGAGAAAAUUGGUCUGAACCUUGAUUUUGGGUCAAAACAAAGUCUAGAGCCAGGUUUGUUGACAAAGGGCAUAAUGUUAGAGUUAAUUCACUUCACCAGAAUUCUCACUGCAUCCUACAGCCCUAUUGUUCUGGAUGUUUUGGAGCACAAUUUUGAACUUGAUCUAAAAAGUCAACAAGAAAAAAGUCGAGCUUGGUUCAAGAUAUCGCACUUGCUGAAGAAAAGAACGAGAUUUCUCAACAUUGGUACCAAAAUAAGCCCAGAGUUUAAAACUGAGCUGUUUUCAUUCCAGACAAAUCCCUUCAAAAGACACAGAGAAACAGCUCUGUCUGAUAUGGAAGCUCCGCAAUAUCAGUUUAAGGAAGUGACAAAAAGAAGGCAGUCUGAUUUAAAAAGUAAACAGGCAAUCAAAAGGCGCAAAAGAGACAUGGAAACAAACACACUCUCUUAUCACACUCAUUUGUAUAGCAGUAGAACAGCAGAGGGAGAUCAUUGUCACACUUGUCCUGUAGGAAAGUCUGAUUCAAGACGUCAAUGUGACAUGGAACAAGAAGUAAUGGGAAACAGAGGGAAACUGUUUCUUAUCCCCUGGGAUCAUCUCAACUAAUCUUGGGCAAAGCCACAGAUUCAGGAAACGUUUGCAAACAGAAUCAGUCAC